AUGAACGUGCUCAAAUUACAAAAAAAGUAUCCUGACUUAUCGCAGGCGGAUAUCUUCUCCAUCAUUGAGGAUUUCCGCGCCAUUGACUUGGACGACAAAGGUUAUGUGGAAAAGAAGGAAGCCAUCAAUGCUGUUUCCAAAUCCGGCAGACAUAGCUACGACGAGACCCGUGAGGCCUUGAAAAGCGUCGACCUCGAUGCUUCCGGCCAUGUGGAAUUGGACGAUUACGUUCAAUUGAUGUCUAUUUUGAAAGCAGAGCCAGCUCCUUCUGGACCUUCGUCUUCGAAAUUCCUUUCACCUACAAACGACAGCAAGAGCCCCUCUGCGGGCGGGUCCGUGGCAAACGCGCCCUUGAGUCCUGGCCGGCGGAACUUUGCUGCAGCUGCAGCCCCAAUUGCCACCGCAAACACUGCCAACAAAACCUUCAUUGGUGGAAAGACAUCGGGCACCACCCACACCAUCAAUGAUGAAGAGAGAACCGAGUUCACUCGCCAUAUCAACUCCGUUCUUGCCGGCGAUAACCUCAUUGGUGAUCGCUUACCCUUCGACACCGAAUCGUUCCAGAUCUUCGAUGAGUGUAGAGAUGGUUUAGUGUUGUCUCAAUUGAUCAAUGACUCUGUCCCAGAUACAAUUGAUACGCGUGUGCUUAACUUGCCUUCUGCCAAGAAGAAGGUGCUUAACAACUUCCAAAUGUCUGAAAACGCCAACAUUGUCAUCAACUCCGCCAAAGCCAUUGGCUGUGUUGUGGUCAAUGUUCACUCAGAAGACAUCAUCGACGGUAAAGAGCAUUUGAUUCUCGGCUUGAUCUGGCAAAUCAUCCGCCGUGGUCUUUUAUCGAAAGUCGACAUCAAACACCAUCCCGAAUUAUACCGCUUGCUCGAGGACGACGAGACUUUGGAGCAAUUUUUGAGAUUACCCCCAGAGCAGAUCUUGUUGAGAUGGUUCAACUACCAUUUGAAGAACGCAGGCUCGCAAAGAAGAGUUGCCAACUUUUCCAAGGACGUAUGUGAUGGUGAAAACUAUACAGUCUUGUUGAAUCAGUUACAGCCAGAGUACUGUGACUUGAGCCCGCUUCAGACCUCCGAUUUGUUGCAACGUGCUGAGCAGGUUUUGGCAAACGCUGACAAGAUCGGUGUCAGAAAGUAUUUGACUCCAAAUUCCUUGGUUGCUGGAAACCCUAAGUUGAACCUUGCGUUUGUUGCCCACUUGUUCAACACCUACCCAGGAUUAGACCCAAUCGAGGAGCACGAGGCUCCAGAAAUCGAGGAGUUUGAUGCUGAGGGUGAGAGGGAGGCUAGAGUGUUCACCUUAUGGUUAAACUCUUUGGAUGUCGACCCGCCAAUUGUCUCUUUGUUUGAAGACCUCAAAGAUGGUUUGGUUCUCUUACAGGCUUUUGACAAGGUUCUCCCAGGCAGUGUUUCUUUCAAACACAUCAACAAAAAACCCGCCAAUGGCGAGUUGUCUCGCUUCAAGGCAUUGGAGAACACCAACUAUGGAGUUGAAAUAGGAAAAGCCAACCACUUCUCGCUUGUUGGUAUUGACGGUUCUGACAUUGUCGAUGGAAACAAACUUUUGACAUUGGGUCUUGUCUGGCAAUUGAUGAGACGUAACAUUGUCCAAACCUUGAGUAGCUUGGGUGGUGGAAAGACACUCUCUGAUUCAGACAUCUUGAAGUGGGCCAACGGCCAGGCUUCCAAACUGGGUAAAUCUGGCUCGAUUAGAUCAUUUGGAGACAAGUCGUUGACCAAUGGUGUCUUUUUGCUUGAUAUCUUAAAUGGUAUGAAGCCAGGCUAUGUUGACUACGACUUGGUUUAUCAAGGCGCCAACAUCACAGACGAAGAAAAGUAUGCCAAUGCCCGUUUGGCUAUUUCCAUUGCCCGUAAGCUUGGUGCAUUGAUCUGGCUAGUGCCUGAGGACAUUAACGAAGUAAGAAGCAGAUUGAUCUUGUCGUUUGUGGGAAGUUUAAUGGCUGUCAGCAACCUUGAAUAA